AUGGUGGUAGACAAGGUUUGCAAUCCAUCUGCUCACAAAAAGCGCGGUCGGCCAAGAAACGACGAUGUGUUAGCAGCAUGGGAGAAAUACGUAAAUAGGACCAAAAAGCGUCGUCAGAACUUGCCGCGCUCAGCGAAGAAACCUUACGAAGCCAAAGUUCACGAUUUCCAUAGUGACGAUGGCAUGUCACUCGAAUUACCUGAAGACUAUGAGACCGAAUCACAAUCCUCACAGGUGGCUUCUACGAGCGCAUUAUAUGAUGAUGCUAGCAAUAUAACACUUCGAGAAUUCAUCGCACGCAAUCGGACUCCCAGUGACGAUGAAGUUGUGCGAAAUACCGUAUUUUCGCUUGUGGAUCAAAUCUGCUCAAGAGAGAAGAAGAAACGUGGCCGACCACCGAAGAACCAUAGCACGAUUACAACGCAGGAGUCUGAAGUAGUCUUGAAUGGUACCCAGUGCUCAACGAGUUCUGUAGAAACAACGGCUAAACCUUGUUUGGUAUUCGCCGAAGCCUCCGAAAUAGAACAUCACAUUUUUGAGGUAAGCUCUCAAUGUUUAGCUCGUAUUUCUUGCUCGUUAUAUCAGCAGGAAAUGGCGCUAAGCCAACUUUUAGUAGGUUAUUGUUAUGCAUUCUCCAUCAAAAAGGCUUUUGUAGCGUGAGA